CCAAACUUUGGAUAAAAUAGAACAGGAUUAACACAUUCUUGAAGAUAAUAUCUCAAGUUCAAGUUCACAGUUAUUCUGCAAAUUUGUUGCAAAUACCAUGAGGACGGAAAAAUCAAAAACUGCAUCAACUAUUCUCUACUCUCUUCUGAUUUUUCUAACUUUCAUCAAAGCUGAAGCAAGAAAUUACAAACAAGUAUGUUCCUCUUCUUCUUGCGGAGAAAUAAACAACAUCAGCUACCCUUUUCGCCUAAGGGGUGAUCCAUCAGGCUGCGGUGACCCCGAUUAUGAACUCUCUUGCGUGAACAACAAAACCAUCUUAGAAAUAUUUCCAGGGAAAUACUAUGUGAAGAAUAUUUCAUAUGAGGAUCAAGUACUCCGUUUGGUUGAUGUCAACUUUGCCAAUGCCAAUAGAAGCUGCAGCCUUCCAUCUGGCUUUGUUGAAAAUACGGAUGGGUUUGUCACAGACUUUCGAUUCAAGGGAGUUGUGGACAGCCUUGGCAGUCGUUUUCGGUUUGUCAAGUGCUCCAGAAACAUCAGCAGCCUGCAGGAAGCUGCUAAUCAUACGACAGUUCCAUGUUUGACAAGAAAUGGGAGUUACGUCUAUGCAGUUUAUGACGGCGACUACUCGUACUAUAAUCCUCAGCCAUCAUGCUCGGUUGUUUCAUUGGCUCCUGUAGAUCUUCUUCACGACAUUAAUUAUAAGUUCCCUUCUUAUGAAGCCGUCAUGGAACUUUUGGAGGCAGGAUUUGUUGUUGGAUGGUCGCUUGAGUGCAGGGAUUGCUCUUUGGCUGGUAAAUCAUGCGUAGUAAAAUCAUGGGAUAAGCCACUCACGUAUAUAUGUGAAAGAGAGAACAAAGAACUCACAAGGAGUCAAGGAAACUUAAUAAUCGCGGGAAUCGUUGUGGGAGGUCUAAUUGCUCUACUGGUUAUAAUUGGUAUAUUGGUGUUCUUUGUUCGCAAGUGUCGCACAAGACGAAACGCAUCUAGUAGCACGGAGAAGAAUUGACGCCAACAAUCAGCAAUUCUUGAACUUGGCUUCUAUUCUUCACCCUCUACAGCUUAAAUGUGUAAUGCUCCAUGAUGUGACACCAAAAAGAAUUGUGUAGAUCAAAAUUUGAUUUAUUUAUAUUUGUUCGUUUUUUAUUAUAUUUAUUUAUGUAUAAUGCAAUAAUAAUGUGAAUCAUCAAAAAGUCUGUUUCCUAGUGUCACUGAAAACUAUAUUGUAAACGUCCUGUUUUGAGAUUUCAUUGGUUAUUUCGUUCUUUGAUCAGCAUUCCAUGAGGCUUCAUCACCUUGUCCUUUGGUUUUCUUCAAAAGUUGCUCAAUAGAAUAUGCUGAAAGCUCCCUGAAGGUGCAAUCAAGCAUUCUUCUUAACUAGAAAA